AUUCUCGAAAACUGUCAAAUUAUCCAUUGUUUAUAAAAAAAAUUGCGUCAGUUGUGAUGAUUGGAUCAACGAGUAAGUGAGGAUGUCUGGCGUAGACGAGAGAUUAGAACAGCUGGAAGUAAUUCGAAAAACAGUUCAAACAUAUGAAAAUCAAGUGAAUCGAUUGCUUCAAGAAUUUGGCUGGACAAAAGACAAGUUGCCACAGUAUAAAGAGCAAGCCGUAGCUGAAAAGUGUGAAUUGGUCGGUUCAACUUCGAAUGAAAGGACACAGAACACCGUCGUUGCACAAUCAACGAAAUCAAUUGAUCUUGAAACUGUAGUGAAUAUCGGACAGAAAAUCGAUGCAAAACGCUCGAAUUCAAAUAAUUUUACCGAUUUGAAUAAAUUGCGAAGAGAUUUGAAGCGACGAAGAGUGAAGUAUCGCACGACAAAAACCGCUCCACUUACAUAUACAGAAGAGCUACGAGAGUUGAUUAAUCUUCAAUUGGAACUUGUAACAGAAACCAAAGACGACGAAUAAGUGAAUUGGGCAAUAACUGAGUGAUGUUCAAUUGUAUUUCCAGUCAUUGCAAUUGAAAUAAUUUUCUACCGGAUUUUUUUUUUUCAUUCAUGUGUAGACUUUGACAUUUCAUUUUGAUACACUGUUAAUUUGGUAACCUUAUAAAGUGCACAGACACUUGUUUGACAGUUUCUUGCAAAGAAAACAAACUGACAGCUCAUCGCUACCCACUUUUCUAAAUGAUUAGUGUUUUGUUGUAGUGAAAUUUGUAUUUUCUGUGCGAGUUUUUUUGGUGGAUUAGUUCUAUAAACUGAGUGUAUAAAUGACAAGAAGACAACCUGUGGUAACGGGGCUGUCGCCGAAGGAAGGUCCACCCGGCACCAAAAUAACGAUUCGAGGAGAGUUUCUUGGCAAUCGAGCUGAAGAUCUAAUCGGUUUGACGAUAUGUGAUUCGGAUUGUUUGUUAUCGGCCGAAUGGAAAUCACCGAAUAAGAUUAUUGCACGAACUGGAUCGAGCAAAGGCAAGGGCGAUAUUAUAGUUACAACAAGGUCCGGUGGCAUUGGUUCUUCAACCGUUCAAUUUCGUGCGUAUCAUGAAACGAUUGGGCCGCUCAAAGAAUCAGCCGUUUGGAUCGAAGAAUCACCGAUGCAAUCGUUGGCAUGGGGCAGACGAUCUCUGGCACCUACAAAAUACACCCAAGAAGAUCCACUGGGAUUGUCGAUUGAAGGAAACGUCAAAAAACUCACUGAAGAUUUGAGAGAUAUUUUCCCAGAGCAAUCGGGUGAUUUGUCACAAGAAAACUUUUCACCUGGCUGGUUUCUAUUGGAACACCACAAUACGACGUCAUUUGAUGAUUUAAAAGCGGGACUGUCGUAUCUGCGGCGCAAAGUCGAAAGUCAACGUGAUGGUCAAUUGUCUUUUCUCAAAGCAAAUGCUGGUGCGGUCAUGGAUCAAUUGGACACACUGAUGAUGCUUCGAGAUAAAUACGAAGAAGAUAUGACCGAGACGGCUGAACCCAUUUGCAAAUUGGAGAAGGCAAUCAAAGAGUCAAUCAUUGAAUCGAAUAGUCUAUUUACGGAUGUGUUGUACCGACGGGAAAAGGCCGAUACAAUGAGAGCAGCACUUUUUGCCUUAUCGCGACACAAAUUUUUAUUCUGCCUGCCAAAAUCGGUGGAGCAAAGUGCCAAGCGAAAGGAGUACGAUAUUGUCAUAAACGAUUAUGCACGAGCGAAGAAUCUAUUUGGCAAAACGGAUGUGCCGAUUUUUCGUAAGGUGUUAGAAGAAGUAGACCGUCGAAUUGUUGGAAUUCGAAAAGAGCUACAUCAGCAAAUUUGUUUGAUGCCACAGAGUGUGGACCAGCAAAAGAAGCUAGUAAAGGCCUUAACCAGUUUGGAGAUGCAACAAAAUGGUUUGGAAAUUGCGGAAGAGAUUCCAGAAACGGAUGCCGCAUGGGAUGCCAUCAAAGCACGCGCUAAAUAUUUGGAUGAAACUCUAAAAACCAUAUUCGAUCAGCAUGCGCCAAGGGAAAACAAUCAACCACCGGCCAAAGGUCGCGAUGGUAACGAUGCACCGCCUCGUGUGCUAUUCUGUGAAGAAGUUUGUGAAGUAGCCGCAAGUCAAUUGCCAGACUUAUGGCGCUUAGGGCAGGCUUAUUUCACUGGCGAGCUACGCGGAUUGAGCGAACCGAAACCGGGUGUUUUCAAACGCAUUAUCAUUACAUCGAUCGAAACAUUCUGUUCGUAUUUACGGAAUGCAAUCCUCUCAGCAUCAGGUCAACGAAACUACAAUACGGGAACUACACCAUCAUGGCCGGCAACCAGUAACUCCACCAUAAUUCAGUUCAUUCCAUGGAUUUCACAGUGUCUUCGAUAUGUUCGCAUUGCAUAUGCAACGCUGAUUCGAGUUGAUUUGCCCAGCGAAGUGUUGGAUAUCAUCCAAAAAUUGAUCAAUCAGAUUCGAUUAUUCUGUUUGUCGACCAUUUUCAAGAAGGCCAUCGAUAAAGUGAAGUGUUUGGACGAAAAAGAGACAUGGAGUUUAGGUUCAGUGCCCGAUUUUCCGGGCGCAACCAAUUUACCGAAUAUGUUUGAAGAAAUUGUUGUAGAACAUUUGGAAGAAGGAUUAAACGCAUGUCUAAAACCAGAAAUCCGUGAGACAGCACUACUCGAUGAUCAAUCGGAAGGUUUACCGCAUAUUUCACAACGCACACGAGAGCUGUUGACCACAUUUUGUGAGGUGAUCGAAACAUUGGCUUUCCAAAAAUGUGAUACGACUCAGCCAGCACCGUUGGUAUGCCAAUUGAUCGGUUUUGCAGCAUCAGCAAAUUCAUCGAUACAACCACAUGGCGAUGACAAAAGUUGGCGUCAAAUCGUCUCAUGGGAUCAGAAGCUACUGUGUUGCUUGGCCAAUUGUUUGUAUUGCAACAAAAAGUUUUUCGCACAUUUGAAUACGGUUCUCACGAAGAACGGCUACCCGAUUUCGAAAAUGGUGUUCGAGGAUGGGCGGAUGAAUGUCAAUAAACUGGUCAGCAGUAUCGUUGAAACGUUUGUGGAACACAAGAGCGAUCCGCUUGUUGGCACCAUCGAACCGUCUAUGUACAUCGGAAAGUUCCAAUGGGAUUUGGUCAGCAGUGCUGAAGGACUACGUCCAUAUGCACACGAAUGUGCCGAUAAUCUUGUCGGCGUUUAUUCGGAGAUAUUUGCAAUUUCACCGUUACUACUGAGAGCUAUACUCGAGCCAAUCAUCCAAACGGUGGCCGAGGAAUUGGCACGUCUGCUGACUUGUGUGCAACGUUUCAGCGCCAAUGGAGCAUUGCAAGCCAAUAUUGAUAUUCGAUUUCUGAGAGACAUAUUGAAAUUAUACAGCAAUUCCACGGCAAAGUCAUUCUUUGGCGAAGCACUCGAGGCAAUUCCGCAACUUUCUGAUGAGGGCGAAAAACAUGUUAUGCGUGUCUUAGCUAAAAUACGGCAAGACAUGCGAUUGCACGUCAUGUGCUUCAGCGUGCAAAAUCCGUAGAAAAAAACUGCAAAUCUAAUUAUCAUCAUUGAAUUCAUUUAGUAGAAGAGAUAAUUCAUUGUGGAAUGUUAUUCAUAUCAGUUAAUCAAAAUGCGUAUUAAAAUAUUAUUGUCAUUAGCAAAUCAAAUCGAAACUAUGAAUAAAAUAUCGGUAGAUUGUAAAA